AUGGGACGCCCUAAGAGAAACGUACUUGCGGCCGCUGAGGCUGCCCUGACACCGCCUGACGCUCUCGAGCCCAACCAGUCCCUUGUUCGUGUUGUCAAGCCCGAGGGAAACAACCUGUACACCUGCGAGCUCCCAAAUACCAAAACCCUGAUGUUGGAAUUGGCACAACGAUUUCGAAACACCAUCUGGAUCAAGCGCGGCGGCUUCGUUCUGGCCGAGAUAUACCAAGAUAGCAAAGAGGACACUCGAGCAGAUGGAGAGAUUGUGAAUGUUGUCCGAGACGAGAAGGCUUGGCGCAAACAGUCCUAUUGGCCCAAGGAAUUUGUCAAGAAGAGCACAUAUGACUUCAGCGAUUCCGAAGAAGAAUCCAAUGUCGGCAAAAUGCCCCCAAGUGACUCCGAAGAUGAGUGA